CGCUGACAAAAAAGGUACCCUCCUUAUAUUCCAUUACAGAGGCCACCAUCUCCAAUGGAUCCCUUCUCCUUUUUGUAUAUAUGUCUACCCAAUUGUCAUCCAUUACUCCAUUUCUGAAAACACCAUGGCCUCAAAAUUCUGCCUUUUUCCUCUACUAAUGAUCCUAACAUUAACUUUCAGUUAUUCUUUUGAAAAGGCUCAGUCGGAAGUAAAAAGUUCUAAUGAAGGCAUUCUGUAUGCUUCUCCACCACCACCAAAUGAAUGUCCCUAUUCUUGCCUUCCUCCACCCACCCCUACCGACUGCCCACCGCCACCACCUUCACCGCAGCUACCAACUCCCCCUGCUGCAUCACCGCCGCCACCUUCAGGGCCAGUCUACUACCCUCCACCGUCGGGGUAUUAUUUGCCGCCGGGUGGAUACUUUUUCCCUCCACCAGUGUAUGAGUAUGGCCCUCCACCUCCUAAUCCAAUUUUGCCUUACUUGCCAUUCUACUACAAGAAUCCACCACCACCAUCCGAUUACUCAUCGGCUGCCAGUCAUUAUGGGACAAUCAAAAGGAUGAACAGCAAGUUAUUGAUACUAGUUACACUUUUCCUUGGUUGGUUUCAGUAAUGCACCAAAUGAAGGUACGAUUUUGUAUCAGCACACUAAUUUUCUUUAAGCAUUUGGCUUUCGUUAUAAGGAUGUUUAUCUGUAGUGCAAUGUAGUACAAAUGACUUUUUUCCAGACACUAUCUUUUACCUAUCUUCUCA